AUGAAUGACUCCGAUUUGAAAAUACUCACGUCGCUGAGCGUUCCGACGAACACGACACACCCAUCCAGUCGCUGUUUACAAUGGAGCGCCGAGGGACAGGUGCUUCUAAUGACAAAAAGUGCCAUCUAUGUCUUGACACCUGAAACCGGAGUUAAUUUCGACUCAUCUUCUGCUAUCAAGUCUACGGCAGGAAAGAGUCCCGAGACUAAUGAGGGCACUAGCACCUUAGGCUGGUUCAGAACCAUGAUCGAGUUCGAGAAAGCUAUUGUCCAUCAGUGGCCGGUAGACUCCCAAGAUUGGGCUGCGGUUUCGCUCGGGUCUUUAGACGUUCUGCUGCGCGCGGUUACUUGCUCACCGAUCAACGUCCAUGGCGCUGGUUGCAUUAUAGCAGCUCUGAAUUCCAAUCUUGAAGUGACCCUUUGGGGCGCAGCCAAGAAUCACUUGCGGGGAGAAUGGAAGAAGCUCUAUGAUAUCACUGCAUUGCUCAAAGAGCUUCCUUCCGACCAGAUGCAUCCCACAGGCAACACCCUGUGCGAACAGGUCCUUUGCAUAUGCUGGUCACCGCAAGCCCGCUUUGAUAUCGUACCGACUCCAUCCUUGGAUUGGUCUCUCCUGGCUACCGGGACCCGUGGAGGUACCGUUUCAUUCUUCCAAUGGCGAGGCGUUACCGAAGAAGGACAGGGACCCACAGCGGUCCAUGUGCAAACGCUGCCUGUUGCAGAUCAGUGGGUCACGCAUCUGGCGUGGUCGCCGUGGGCUCUAUGCGGUGCAGGACAAUGUGAGGCCUACCUGGCUUGCGCGAAGGCAGAUGGCACCGUGUCGAUCAUCAAAGUGUCACAAAAGCUCUGCCCGGUGCCCUCGAGUUUUGGCACCGAAUUUGCAGUUGAGCGGACCUUCGAGGUGCAGGAGUGCUGCGCAUUUGCAGCCGACAAACGCGUCAUCACUGCGCUGCGCUGGGUUGACAUCCCGGGCAGAAGCCCCGGGAUAGUUGAUCUCACGCCCUGGCCAGUCCCAAGCAAGCUACCGUGGUCCGGCACCAAGAGACUGGUCUUGCAAAGGCAGAACCUCUCCGUUGACUCAUCGCCCCUAUACCCCCCUUCAGGAUUCAUCCAUAUCGUAGAGGAGGACAUUCUCCUCGUAUCGCUUUUCGAUGGAUCGUUCCACGUCGCCCACAGGCUUUCCUCGGACCCAACGCUGACUCCGACGAAUAGCACCGCAGUUACGGCAGCUUCGCUGUCCCAGAGAGCCCGCCAGGUCUUCGCCGCCUCUGAGACGCAUACUGUGAAAAGAACAGAUGUUGGGCGCAUCAGUGGUAUGAUGGCAUACGACGGCGCGUCGACGAUUGCCUGGAUACACGAAACUUGCAAUCCCACGGACUGCAGUUACAAACAUGAUGCCCGCCAUAAUAGUAUGUUCAUGGUGACGCAGCUUUGGGGUGAUGGCUACCCUAGUGAAGAGGGACGUUUCAUCGUCAGUUUGGAGCAGGUAUUGAACUGCUCUAGAAAAGUCUGGGGGUACUCGCCCCUGCGUAUCCUUCGACCCGUCUUCUUUUUGCUCUCCCAAGGUCAGGUCGCCACGCAGUCCUCGGAGCGACUCCUUCAGAUACUCCAGCAUACCCCAUUCGAUGAGUCGACCAGCAUUAACAUCACUCCGUUGUCCGCGACGCUUACGAAAGAAGUGAAACGAGAAUUCAGGAACAGUCUCCUUUGCCAUAUGUAUGGGUGGGACUCUUUUCUCUCGCUGCGCCUGAAACUUGCAGUCGCCGAUCACUGCUGGAUGCUGACGAAAGGGCAUCCAGAACUCCAGGAACAGUACGGCCAGAGGGCCCAUAACCUGUUGAACCUCAUUUUCCAGCGAAUACAGCGGACCUUGAUUCGUCAUCUCGAGGCCCUUCUGAACUGCGUCGUAGCCGAUGACAUGUCUUUCGUAACGCGAGUCGUUGUACAAGCGACACUCCAUGGGUCUCCUGUCGACCUGUCAAAGGAGGCGCAGGAAUUGGCAGCUCGAACUACUCUCGCCGGUAUCGGCGAUCCCCGUAUGGCAUUACCUCAAGGCGCCGAGGAGAUAUGCCCUGCUUGCCGUGUACCCAUCCCUUUACAAGACCUUGCUACUGCUACCUGUCGAAAUGGCCACGUUUGGAGACGAUGCUCGAUCACAAGUUUCAUCCUGUCGACUCCGAAAGUGAGAACGUGCAUUGGCUGCAGCCGUAAAGCGUUGAUUCCUAUCGACGGGGACGCGGGAACGAACGACAAUCACUUUCCAUCAGUUGCGCGCGGGUGGAUCGUGGCCGAACUGCUCCGAGCUGUGCAACGCUGUCUAUUUUGCGGCAAUAGCUUCGUGAGCCUUGUCUGA